AAUGACACAUAGUUAUGGUUUGAAAAAGGGUACAAGAAGCAAAUUUGCAAAACCUUUUAGAGGACAUGGAAAUAUCUCAAUUCGUAAGACACUUCAAACAUUCAAAAGAGGUAAGAUUAUUUAAAAGAAAUUAACUUAAAGGUGAUUUUGUCGAUAUUUUGGUUGAUGGUGCUUAACAUAAAGGAGUUCCAUUUUAAUAUUAUCAUGGUAGAACUGCAAGAGUAUUCAAUGUUAAUCCAAGAGGAAUUGGUGUUUCAUUAUAAAGAAGAGUAAGAGGAAGAUAUGUAGAGAAAAGAUUCCAUGUUAGAGCUGAUCAUUUGAGACCAUCAAAAUGCAGAUAAGAAUUUGUUAAAAGAGUUUAAGAGAAUGAUAAAAAGAAAACAGAAGCAAAGAAAAAUAAAUAAGUCAUUUCAACUAAAAGAUAACCAGUUUAACCAAGAGGAGCAACAGUUGUUAUUCCAAAAUAAACAACAUUCUAACAUCCAAAAGCUUUUGUAGAAAUUAUUUGAU